UGAAGUGAAGAUGAUACAUGUCACCUUACACUAAUUUGUUGUCAUUGGACCUGUUUUUAGUGGUCCACUUUAGAUGCUCCACAUGAACUUUGGACAGGCCUUUUUUUUCCUUCUUAUUCUGUCUAGUUAAACUACUUUUCCCUUCAUUUCAUGUUCUUAGUUUCUCUUCCUUUGCUUCAAAGAAAAUAGGAGAUCCCAAAUCCCAAUAAUUUGCAAAGAAUCACUCACCACUGUCUUUUGCCAACCACUUAGGCCUAACAUGAACUUAAUAUUUCUUGCAACGUUCCUACUGAUCAUUUCAGGUGCUCAAGCCAUAUCAAAUGAAGAUGAAGAUUUCAAUAUGAAUUUCACUUCAGAAAACAAAAGCAUUAUCCAAGACCAUGAACAACCACACAAUCUUCAUGGAAACCUGUACGGAAAUGGGAACAUAGAAGUCUCUACAAGGCUUGUAGAAAGUAAUAAUGAACUCAAACAUGAACUAUCUGUUACUAUAAGAAAGGGAGGAGGUGGGGGAAGAGGAGGGGGAGGAGGAAGGGGAGGGGGAGGAGGAAGAGGAGGAAGAAGAGGAAGAUUCUUCGGAGGUAGGGCGGGUGGUGCUGCGGCCGCUGGAAUUAUCGGAGGUGGAGCAGUUGCGGGCAGUGAAAGCGCCAAUCAUGGGAAUCAUCACUCUAAAAGUUCUGCUACAUCAUUAAUGGAGUGGCCUUGUAUUUAUGUUUCAACAUUUAUUUUAUGUGUGAGCUUUUUGUUUUAGGCCUAUAUGAAUCAUUUCUUUGCUACUAUUACUACUACUUCAAAUGUAUAUUUUGGCCACAAUUAAGAACAUGUUUGUUUGCUUGUUGAUUA